AUGGCUUCCCCGGCGGCGGCGGGGCCCGGAGCCGCGCUGCCCCCGGCCGCGGCGCGCCGAGACUUCUACUGGCUGCGCUCCUUCAUCGCCGGAGGUGUUGCAGGAUGUUGUGCCAAAACAACCACUGCACCACUGGAUCGAGUAAAGAUUUUGCUGCAAGCUCAUAACCACCAUUACAAACAUCUAGGAGUAUUUUCUACGUUGUGUGCUGUCCCCAAAAAGGAAGGGUACCUUGGGCUGUAUAAAGGCAAUGGGGCGAUGAUGAUCAGGAUCUUUCCCUAUGGCGCUAUUCAGUUUAUGGCAUUUGACCAAUAUAAAAAGGUAAUAAAGAAACAGCUUGGGAUUUCUGGGCACGUGCAUCGAUUGAUGGCUGGAUCCAUGGCAGGUAUUACAGCAGUGAUUUGUACUUACCCUCUUGAUAUGGUUAGAGUUCGCCUGGCGUUCCAAGUAAAAGGGGAACACAAGUACAUGGGAAUUAUCCAUGCAUUCAAGAUGAUUUACACAAAGGAAGGUGGUUUGAGUGGCUUCUACAGAGGGCUGAUGCCAACUGUGGUGGGAAUGGCACCAUAUGCAGGGUUUUCCUUUUUUACCUUUGGUACCUUGAAGAGCAUUGGGCUUGCUCAGGCCCCUCAGCUGCUUGGCCGGCCCUCGCUGGAUAACCCCGAAGUGCUGGUGCUGAGAACUCACGUGAACCUGCUGUGUGGGGGCGUAGCCGGGGCCAUCGCUCAGACCGUGUCGUAUCCCCUGGAUGUGACUCGGAGGCGGAUGCAGUUGGGAGCGGUUCUGCCGGACUCUGACAAGUGCCUUACCAUGGUGCAGACACUGAGGUACGUGUACCAGCAGCACGGAGUGCGACGGGGGCUGUACCGGGGGCUGUCCCUGAAUUACAUCCGCUGCGUCCCCUCCCAGGCCGUGGCUUUCACCACCUAUGAACUCAUGAAACAGUUCUUGCACCUCAACUGAUCGUUUGUUUUAAAGACUUUUCUGUACAACUACACUAUCAAUCCUCAAAUGAUACUGAUAAAUAAAUGACUUGAAGUUUAACAGAAAAAGCUCUCUGUUACUGCGGACCUGCUGUGUCUGACAUCUUUAUUUGCCAAAAUGUGGUGAUUUCCUGGAGUCAGAGCCAGGGGACACAUCCACAUCAACAUGAGCUAGCUCUGAACACUUUUUUGCACUUGAUCUUUUAGGCUUCAUUAGAUGAAUUCUAGGAAUGGCACAGUUUUGGAGAUCCAUGUUUUACACAGGUUCCAAGCUGUUAUUUAGCUUUAUCAGCAUUCCAGGAGUUACAUGCUGCUGAUUAUGCUGCCUUUGAAGCUAGUAAUUAGGCAUCUGUUCUUUAAAAAUGAAAUGGAAUAAACUGAUUUGAACACAAUGCAGUGGUUUUGGCACUCAGAUCCUUGCCAGGUCUGCAGAAGCUGAGCUUGGCAGAGCACACUGCAGGCAGCCUUUUAUUGUUCUGUGUGCAAGAACAGGAAUUGCUGCCCAGGAAGGGAUCUU